GAAGUUAGUUCAGUACAGUUAGUGUAAGUGGGCACGGAGAAUUUUGUGUUCAUAGAGCAAGAUGUACUAUAUCUUCUUAAGUUCAUUUUUAAUCGGAAUUGGCUGUGCCUAUGGACUCUACAAGUAUUUGACAUGGCAUUUUGAUUACUGGGUUAAAAAGAGAAUACCAGGUCCCAAACCCAAGGUAUUGUUUGGAACAUUUCCAGGCACUGUAAAUGGCAGCAGAAAUUUUAUUUAUGACCUGGAUGAAGUUUACAACAAAUUCAGCAAGAAGGCUAGAUUUAUCGGAGUAUUCAAUACGAGAAACCCCCAAAUUUUCAUUUUGGACCCAAUAUUGUGCAAAGAUAUUCUAAUCAGUAAUUUUACAUGCUUUCAAGAUAACGAGUCUUCGAAAUGGAUGGACCGGGCGAGAGAACCAAUAUCGGGUAGUAAUCCAUUCGUAUUACCCUUUGUCGAUUGGAAAGUAAAGAGGUCGGAGUUCGUACCGGGACUUACCUCUUCGAAGGUUAAAUCGAUGAUGCCCAUAAUAACUUCUAUUGGAGAUAAACUAGUGGCUCAUUUGAAAGAAAAGGUCAAAAAUGGCAAAUGCACUAUUGAUGCAAAAGAGGUAGCGUUGUAUUACACUGGCGAGGUUGUGGCAGAUGUUGUGUGGGGCGUCCAAGCCGGCAAUUUCGAAAUGCUCGAAAGAGAGGGCACCAUUCAGGAGUCACCGUUUCUUAGCAUGUCCAAGCGAAUGAUAGGCCAGACCUUUAAGGCGUUCAAAUAUUUCUUUAUCUUAGGCAUAUUUCCCUUUGUUAAAUACCUGAUAUAUGUCCGCUUUUUCCCAGAAGUAACAGACCGAUUCUUUUUGAAAUUAACUCACUCCACACUGCAGAAUAGACGAGCUUUGCUAAAGGUACCCAGAAGCGAUUUUCUCCAGCACUUAGUUGAGUUGCAGAUGAAAAAGGGUCUCAAUCUAACUGAAGUUUUGGCGCAUAUGCUGACUUUUCACUUUGAUGGAUUCGAAACAUCUGCAACAUUGAUAAGUCAUUGUCUGUUGUUGUUGGCCAGAUGUUUGGAAAAGCAAGAUCGACUUCGAGCCGAAAUUAAUGAGUAUAUGCUGACCCAUAACGACGUUGUUGAGUUCAGUGAUUUGAUGAAACUUCCCUACUUGGAGCAAUGCAUUGCAGAAACUCUUCGUAUAUUCGCCCCCUUGCCCUUUAUGGCCAAGGUAUGCACAAAUCCAUGCAUUUUAGAAAAUAACGAUGGCGUCAACCUUGAAGUACAACCUGGAGAAGUGUGCCUGAUUUCUAUACACUCAAUGCACCAUGAUGAGCAGUACUUCCCACAACCGGAGGAAUUUAUUCCAGAACGAUUUGCAGACGAGAAUGGUGGAGUAAAAAAAUAUAGGGACAUGGGCGUAUAUAUGCCAUUUGGCGAUGGACCCAGGAUAUGCCUUGGCAUGACUUUUGGCUUAGCCCAGGCAAAAGCUGCAAUAGCCGUUUUAGUGAAGCACUUUCAAUUGACCGUCAAUGGCAAGACACGCAAGGACAAUUAUCAAUCCCCUGGUGGAUUCAUUACAGGUCUUGAAGGUGGGAUUUUUAUAGACUUUGAAGAAUUAUAGUUGACAUCUAUCAUGUCUGAAGACAUUCGAUUAUGUCUUUAAGCCUAGUCCUAAGUUCAAUAUGCGCAAAAAUCUUUUCCAGAAAAGAAACUACAUUAAAAUAGACAUGUGCAGAUAAUUGAAGCAGAAUUUAUAAAGACGCAGCGACAUUUCGCGCGUUUUCACAGUUGUUCGGGCGAAAAGUCGAACUCAGCACUAGGCUUUAGGAGUUACACUUGCAAUUUCUUCGAACGCUUGUUAUAAGUUAAAAGUUUUUAAAUAAAUUUUGAACGCAACAACCGCGUUUUUUUAAGGUUUAUUUGGAGUUAAGCUGA